GAUGCUGGAGAGGAGGAGGAGGGAAAGUGGGGGUCUGACUCCCCACUUCCCGCCCCCGCCGCCACCUUUGGCUUUAUAAUUGGCUCGCGCAGCGUUUUCUUUCCUCUUAUCUGAUCCUGGGUGAGAGGCGAGGGGAAGGAAGCUCUGUAGGGCAGGGGGCGGCGGGAGAGGGACAAGGAGAGGACAGAGUGAACCACAGGAAAGAGAAGCUAAUUAAGAGAGGGUACUCUGAAGGGAGCGAGCCAGGGCAGUGGUCCGCUAAGAACCAACCGGCGGAUAAUCUUCCCUAGGCGCCAAGAGGUCCCCAACCUGGGCUGGAACGUUGCCCUGCACAGGCAGCUGUUGCACCCGAUGUAAGAGGCAGAAAAUAAGAUGAUGAUUUUGCAGUGCAAGAUGCGGGCCUGGCUGAUUCUGGCUUUUUUGGCAGUUGCUUAUUUCUGCACCAUCGUCCAGGGGCAAGUGGCUCCACCCACGAGGUUAAGAUAUAAUGUAAUAUCCCAUGACAGUAUACAGAUUUCAUGGAAAGCACCAAGAGGGAAAUUUGGUGGCUACAAACUGCUCGUGGCUCCAGCUUCAGGGGGAAAAACCAACCAGAUGAAUCUCCAGAACGGCGCAACAAAAGCCAUUAUUCAAGGCCUUCUGCCCGAGCAGAAUUACACCGUUCAACUUAUUGCCUAUUACAAAGACAAGGAAAGCAAGCCAGCUCAGGGCCAGUUCAGAAUUAAAGAUUUAGAGAAAAGAAAGGAUCCAACCAAGCCCAGAGUCAAGGCUGUGGACAAAGGAAACGGAAGUAAAUCAACUUCACCAGAAGAAAUAAAAUUCUUCUGCGAGACUCCAGCCAUCGCUGACAUUGUCAUCCUGGUGGAUGGAUCAUGGAGUAUUGGGAGAUUCAACUUCAGGCUGGUGCGGAAUUUCUUGGAAAACCUGGUCACAGCGUUCAACGUGGGCUCAGAAAAGACAAGAAUUGGCUUGGCACAGUACAGUGGGGACCCCAGAAUAGAGUGGCACCUGAAUGCCUUUAACACGAAAGAUGAAGUGAUUGAUGCUGUCCGAAGCCUUCCAUACAAAGGAGGAAAUACCCUAACAGGUCUUGCUUUGAACUUUAUUUUUGAGAAUAGCUUUAAGCCAGAAGCAGGAUCGAGGAGUGGCGUUUCCAAGAUUGGCAUUUUAAUCACAGAUGGAAAGUCCCAGGAUGAUAUUAUCCCACCUUCUAGAAACCUCCGUGAGGCUGGCGUAGAGUUGUUUGCAAUAGGGGUUAAAAAUGCUGACCUGAGCGAGCUGCAGGAGAUAGCCUCUGAGCCAGACAGCACCCAUGUGUACAAUGUUGCUGAGUUCGACCUGAUGCACACAGUGGUGGAGAGCCUGACCCGGACCGUAUGCUCCAGAGUGGAAGAGCAGGACAAGGAGAUUAAAGCCUCAGCCCUUGCCACCAUUGGGCCACCUACAGAGCUGAUUACGUCUGAAGUCACCGCCAGGAGCUUUAUGGUUAACUGGACUCACUCCCCAGGAAAAGUGGAAAAAUACAGAGUUGUGUAUUAUCCCACCAGAGGUGGAAAGCCAGAGGAGGUGGUGGCAGAUGGAAGUGUGUCUUCCAUAGUGUUGAAAAACUUGAUGUCAUCAACCGAGUACCAGAUAGCAGUGUUUGCGGUAUCUGCCCACACUGCUAGUGAAGGCCUGCGGGGAACAGAGACCACAUUGGCCUUACCCAUGGCUUCCGACCUCGAGCUGUAUGAUGUGACUGAGAACAGCAUGCGAGUCAAGUGGGAUGCAGUGCCUGGCGCCACAGGAUAUCUGAUCCUCUAUGCUCCUCUCACAGAAGGUCUGGCUGGAGAUGAAAAAGAGAUGAAAAUCGGUGAGACACACACAGACAUUGAACUGAGUGGGCUAUUCCCCAAUACAGAAUAUACAGUCACUGUGUAUGCCAUGUUUGGAGAAGAGGCCAGUGACCCUGCUACAGGACAAGAGACAACCCUACCCUUAACCCCACCAAGAAAUUUGAGGAUCUCCAAUGUCGGCUCUAACAGCGCUCGGUUAACCUGGGAUCCCACAUCGGGAAAGAUCACUGGUUACAGAAUUGUGUACACUAGUGCAGACGGGACAGAAAUCAAUGAGGUCGAAGUCGAUCCCAUCACUACAUUCCCUCUGAAAGGCUUGACCCCCCUCACGGACUACUCCAUUGCCAUUUUCUCCAUCUAUGAGGAGGGGCAGUCCUUGCCUCUGGUUGGAGAGUUUACCACAGAGGAAGUUCCCGCCCAGCAAUACUUGGAAAUUGAUGAGGUGAAGACAGACAGUUUUCGAGUGACCUGGCAUCCGCUCUCAGCUGAGGAGGGCCAGCACAAACUGAUGUGGAUUCCGGUCUAUGGCGGGAAGACUCAGGAGGUUGCCCUCAAAGAAGAGCAGGACUCAUAUGUUGUUGAAGGCCUGGACCCUGGAACUGAGUAUGAAGUCUCGCUAUUAGCUGUGCUGGAUGACGGAAGUGAGAGUGAGGUGGUGACUGCCGUGGGGACCACACUUGAUGAUUUUUGGACUGAAGCACCCACAACUGUAGAACCUACCAGCCCCGUGACUUCAGUUCUCCAGACAGGAAUCAGAAACCUGGUUGUAGAUGAUGAAGCUGCUACUAGCCUGCGGGUCACAUGGGACAUUUCUGACAGCAAUGUGGAGCACUUUAGGGUGACCUACCUGACAGCCCAAGGAGACCCUAAGGAAGAAGUGAUUAUGGUGCCUGGAGUGCAGAACAGUCUCCUUCUGAAAAAUCUACUUCCAGACACAGAGUAUAAAGUCACGGUGACCCCCAUCUACACUGUUGGAGAAGGCGUCAGCGUCUCUGCUCCUGGGAAGACUUUGCCGUCCUCUGGUCCUCAAAACUUAAGGGUUUCAGAAGAAUGGUACAACCGGUUGCGCAUUACAUGGGACCCACCUUCUGCCCCCGUGAAGGGCUAUAGGAUUGUCUACAAACCUGUGAGUGUCCCUGGUCAAACUCUGGAAACUUUCGUGGGUGCUGAUGUCAACACCAUUGUCAUGACAAAUCUCCUCAGUGGAAUGGACUACAAUGUGAAGAUCUUUGCUUCCCAGGCUGCAGGCUACAGCGACGCUCUGACUGGCCUUGUUCAAACACUGUUCUUGGGUGUGACAGAUCUCCAAGCCAAUCAGGUUGAAAUGACAAGCUUGUGUGCUCGGUGGCAAAUCCAUCGCCAUGCCACAGCCUACAGGAUAGUUCUAGAAUCCCUUCAGGACACACAAGCACAAGAAUCCACCGUGGGAGGAGGAGUAAACAGGCAUUGCUUCUAUGGACUUCAGCCUGACUCAGAAUAUAAAAUCAGCGUUUACACAAAGCUCCAGGAGAUAGAGGGACCGAGCGUGAGCAUCAUGCAGAAAACACAAUCACUUCCCACAGAACCACCAACUUUUCCUCCAACCAUCCCACCAGCAAAGGAAGUAUGUAAAGCAGCCAAGGCAGACCUAGUAUUCAUGGUGGAUGGAUCCUGGAGUAUAGGAGAUGACAAUUUCAAUAAGAUCAUCAAUUUUCUGUAUAGCACUGUGGGAGCCCUGGACAAGAUUGGUGCAGAUGGAACUCAGGUGGCAAUGGUUCAGUUCACUGAUGACCCCCGAACAGAAUUCAAACUCGAUGCUUACAAAACCAAAGAGACACUUCUUGAUGCAAUUAGACACAUUUCCUACAAAGGGGGAAAUACUAAAACAGGAAAAGCUAUCAAGCACGUUCGAGAUACCUUAUUUACUGCAGACUCAGGUACAAGGAGAGGCAUCCCAAAGGUCAUUGUGGUGAUAACUGAUGGACGGUCACAAGAUGAUGUCAACAAAAUCUCCAGGGAGAUGCAGGCAGAUGGUUACAAUAUCUUUGCCAUCGGUGUGGCUGAUGCUGAUUACUCAGAGUUGGUUCGGAUCGGCAGCAAGCCCAGCUCACGUCAUGUCUUCUUUGUGGAUGACUUUGAUGCCUUUAAGAAAAUUGAAGAUGAAUUAAUUACUUUUGUCUGUGAAACUGCAUCAGCAACCUGCCCAAUGGUGCACAAGGAUGGAGUUGAUAUUGCAGGAUUUAAGAUGAUGGAAAUGUUUGGUUUGGUUGAAAAGGAUUUUUCUGCAGUGGAAGGAGUGUCUAUGGAACCUGGUACCUUCAAUUUGUUCCCAUGCUAUCAAAUCCAUAAGGAUGCCCUGGUUUCCCAGCCAACAAAGUAUCUGCACCCAGAAGGAUUGCCUGCUGACUAUACAAUGACUUUUCUGUUCCGGAUUCUUCCUGACACGCCACAGGAGCCAUUUGCUCUUUGGGAGAUUUUAAAUAAAAAGUCUGAACCGCUAGUUGGGAUAAUUUUGGACAAUGGUGGAAAGACUCUAACUUAUUUCAGCUAUGACUAUACUGGAGAUUUUCAAACUGUCACUUUUGAAGGACCUGACAUCAGGAAAAUGUUCUAUGGAAGCUUUCACAAGCUCCAUGUUGUUGUCAGCAAGACUUUGGCCAAAGUGGUUGUCGACUGUAAAGAAGUUGGCCAGAAGGCAAUAAAUGCGUCAGCGAAUAUCACUUCGGAUGGUGUGGAAGUCCUAGGGAGAAUGGUCAGAUCAAGAGGGCCAAAUGGAAACUCUGCACCAUUCCAGUUACAAAUGUUUGAUAUCGUUUGCUCUACAUCAUGGGCCAGUAAAGACAGAUGCUGUGAACUUCCGGGCCUGCGGGAUGAAGAGUCCUGCCCAGACCUUCCACGAUCCUGCUCUUGCUCAGAAACCAAUGAAGUGGCUCUAGGACCAGCUGGCCCCCCAGGUGGUCCAGGACUCCGAGGACCAAAAGGCCAACAAGGUGAACCGGGUCCGAAGGGACCAGAGGGACCUCGGGGAGAAACAGGUCCUGCAGGACCCCAGGGCCCCCCUGGCCCCCAAGGACCCAGUGGUCUGUCCAUUCAAGGCAUGCCUGGAAUGCCUGGUGAUAAAGGAGAUAAAGGAGAUGCUGGCCUUCCGGGUCCACAGGGUGUUCCUGGAGGUGUUGGUUCACCAGGACGUGAUGGCUCACCAGGCCAGAGGGGAUUUCCCGGAAAGGAUGGUUCCUCUGGGCCUCCAGGACCACCUGGACCAAUUGGCAUUCCUGGAGCCCCUGGUGUCCCAGGGAUUGCGGGCAGCAUGGGACCACAAGGAGCCUUGGGGCCACCUGGUGUCCCUGGAGCAAAGGGAGAGCGAGGUGAACGAGGAGACCUGCAGUCUCAAGCCAUGGUGAGGGCAGUGGCGCGUCAAGUAUGUGAGCAGCUCAUUCAGAGUCACAUGGCCAGGUACACAGCCAUCCUCAACCAAAUCCCCAGCCAGUCCUCAUCUAUCCGGACCAUCCAGGGCCCUCCUGGAGAGCCCGGGAGACCAGGUUCACCUGGAACCCCUGGAGAACAAGGACCCCCAGGUGCCCCAGGCUUCCCAGGAAAUGCAGGAGUGCCAGGAACCCCAGGAGAACGAGGUCUAACUGGUGUCAAAGGAGAUAAAGGAAACCCAGGCAUUGGAACUCAAGGCCCAAGAGGUCCACCUGGGCCAGCAGGACCUUCAGGGGAAAGUCGUCCUGGCAGUCCUGGGCCACCUGGCUCUCCUGGACCAAGGGGUCCCCCAGGCCACCUGGGAGUACCUGGGCCACAGGGUCCUUCUGGCCAGCCUGGAUAUUGUGACCCCUCCUCGUGUUCUGCUUACGGCGUUGGAGUGUCCCAUCCAGAUCAACCCGAGUUCACACCGGUCCAGGACGAGCAGGAGGCCUUGGAUCUGUGGAGCGCAGGCAUCUGAUGACCUCAGGAGACAUUGGAAGAGCAGGGGCAAGCCCUCUUCUGGAGCUUCACUUAGCAAAUGUUGUCACGUGGUUUGUACUCCACUUUCCAGAGGGAGGCAGGGCUGAUGUUAUGGGGUCUAUUUCCUCUGUGGCUAAGUCAAUAUUACUGUUUCAAGAAAUUGUGUUUUUUAAACCACCUUUUUCUGUGACACUGUUUUGACCGCACACCAGAUAACUUGGUCUCCUUCCAAAGAAGGAUACAGUGAACCCUGGAGCUUCUCUGUUACAUCAUUUCAAGUUGUAAGAUAAGUGAGAGAAGUGUGGUUAUAUCAGAGGGAAUUGGGGGCCCAAGCAACAGAAGAGCGAAUUCAGAGACUCCCUGUUUAUGCCACUGACCCCAUACCCGUGGCUAUGAGCUUUCUGGUAAUUAAGUAACACCGUCACUGAGGAAACUACCUCCUUCGUGUCUAACCCGAUCUAUCCAAUUCAUAGAUUACUCAGUAACUGGUUUCACGGGUAUUCAGAAUAAGAACUAGAGUGUAGCCUUUCUGGAUUUGGCAAUUAAAAAAAAAACUAUAGAAUCUGUUUUCUGGCAGUUUUGAUUCGUAUAAAAUAAUGACUUCCUACCAGUUUCCAUGCAGAAGAGACCCAUUUUUUGACAAAUCAUUUGUCCAGAAGUGUGUUUCAGGGCUUGCCUCUCCUUGACUACAGGGAUUGCUUUGUAAAUGCAGAUAUGUUUUUUGAAGACUCAUUUUUAUUCUUUUUUUUAUAAGCAAAUAAAAACUUAAAACAC